AAUGACGUUUUCGAUACUCUACGUAAAUCAAACUGUAUCCUGACCGUAACUUGUAUUUCUACAUUCAGUGCAUCAACGAAGUUGCCGCGGUGGUCACUGCCAUCAUCGAUCACUACAUUGUCUUCGCCGUCGUUAACGCUGAGGAAGAACGUGUGAGCGAAUUAGCGGGCGAUAACCAAACUUGGUGCAACUACAGGCCGAAAACUGAGUCUUGUGUGAUCUCUACCACGCAGCCAACGCCAGCACCAGUGACUCAUACGGGCGCGAUGGACAGGCCAGCUGGGCCCCGCCAGCCAGACAAGCGAAAUGAAGCAUACGAGUCCAUCUUCGGUCGGCCAUCCGCUUCUCACCACCAGGCAGGACAAUAUCCUGGCCAGCCUGUUGCGCAGCAGCUGCAAUAUGCACAGUCAGUACAUGGCAUGCCUGUGCAUGGUGUCCAAUACCACAACCAACCAUACCCCGCACACUACCACCACGACAGGAGGACAUCAUACUCCCAACGUCAACAUUACUAUCCAAAUCACUUACCACAACACCCUCAGCAGCACCUGCAGUCACCAUACAGGCAGUCAUAUCCACAUACAGCUGCAUCUCAGCAACAACUGCCUGCACACCACCAUGCACAGCACACCCGUCCACACACUCUGGCGCCUCCCAUGAUCCAUGGUCGUGCUAGAUCUGUCGUCAGUUCACCCCAUGCUGCUGGUAUAAUCUCACCGCUACCAGACGAUCCGCCCGAUGAAUCCCUCGAGGCUCUUACGAGAGCAGGCCUCACCCCUGCACAGGCUUAUCAGGCCCAAGUUUACCGUAAUAGUCCUACCAAUCAACAACAGCCCAACGAGCAGGCCAAUUCCACAAGGGAACCCUCUUUGAACGGCAACCAUCAUCGUGUCUCUAACGACGUGCCCCUUUUGGGCGUCAAUCUUGACCUCGAGGAUACUCGCUUCAAUAUCGAUUUUGGCACUGACGAUCACCGAGGCCCAGAAGAGUCCACAAGCGAAUUGCCAUGGACCAUUCCGAACACAGGUGCAAAUGCAAGAGAAUGUACACCAAUGGCUCCCUUCCCAAGGGCACAGCAAUAUCGACAAGCAAGCCCUCUUUCCAUCGCAUCUGAUCAGAGCAAUUCAUCUGCCAGUUCACGACCACAACCCCCUCAGCUCGACACCACUCUCAUGUCCACUCGUAAUUCCCUCAUCAGUAGUUCCCCUGCUUCAUCCUCCCAUGCUGCCGCUUCCACCAGUCGUCGAUCCUCAGACUCUAUCCGUACGAUGCCUGGUGCUGCCUUUCGUCGUGACCGCACUCCACAAGAUCGGUCCAUGUCCAUGUCAGCUGCUUCGGGCAGCAUCCGCACUAUGAUCGAUCGCGGCUCUCGCGCCCCGAACCCAUUUAUGGCUGGGGGUCGCACCAGCCUCACCACCUCUGCACGACCACCUCGCCGAACACCCAUUGUAUACCCUGCACUCCUCUCUCGCGUGGCGGAGGCUUUUCGUGAACGCAUCAACCUCCAGGAUCGUAUUAAGGACGGUCUCACAUAUAAGGAUGCCUUCGAUGGUCGUGAGGCGGUCGACAAAAUCUCAUAUAUAAUCAAGACUACUGACCGCAAUCUCGCCCUACUUCUUGGUCGUGCCCUCGACGCACAAAAGUUCUUCCAUGAUGUCACCUAUGACCAUCGGCUCAGGGAUAGCGCUGCAGAGCUGUACCAGUUCCGCACGAAAUUGAGCCCAUUCGUGAGCGGUGAGCUGCAGACAAACUUUGGGGAUAGGGAUGAUGAUGGUGAUUUGAAACCGGAGCGGCCAUCGCCUGGCCCUCAAGAUUGUGGAUCGGGGCCCUUUGGACAGGGAUCGAACGACUCGCAUGGUGACACACAGGAGAAGGACGCUUCACCUAUUAUCGAGAUCCCUGAUCCGCGUGGGCCCCAGGGAUCAGAGAGUGUCGAUGAGAUGCCCCUUCCUUCGGGCGUUUUCACGCUUCUUACAGACUGCUACUCGCCGACGUGCACGCGAGAUCAGCUGUGCUAUAGUAUCGCAUGCCCUAGGAGGCUUGAGCAGCAGUCACGAUUGAACAUGAAGCCACAGCCUGGGCUCAAGAAGCAGAUAUCGAGGGAGAGCUUGGGUGACUUUGUGGAACCUGGUACGCUAUGGAUACACUCCGUCCCGCAAGAGGUCGUCAACAGUGUCUCCGACGCCGAGAAAAGGCGCCAGGAAGCUAUUAACGAAGUCAUAUACACGGAACGUGACUUUGUCCGCGACAUGGAAUACCUUCGCGAUGUCUGGAUAAAUGGGCUGAAAGACAGUGACAUCAUCCCCGCUGAAAGUCGUACGGACUUUGUGACACAGGUCUUCUGGAACAUCCACGAAAUUAUCGCAGUAAAUACCCGCCUUCGAGACGCGCUCAACAAGCGACAAAAGUCAUACGCUGUUGUGGAGCGCAUCGGAGACAUCCUUCUUGAUUCUGUGCCGCAUUUCGCGCCCUUUGUAAGUUACGGUGCUCACCAACUGUAUGGCAAGUAUGAGUUCGAAAAGGAGAAGAGCUCCAAUCCAGCGUUCGCACAGUUUGUGGAAACUACGGAAAGAUUGCCAGAGUCGCGCAAGCUUGAGCUCAAUGGAUACUUGACGAAGCCGACCACGCGAUUAGCUCGAUAUCCACUGCUUCUGGAAGCGGUCUUGAAGCACACGCCUGAUGAUAACCCAGACAAGCAAACGCUUGCGCAGGUGGUUAUUAUGGUCCGCGAGUUUUUAGGGAAGGUGAAUGUAGAGACGGGAAAGACAGAGAACCGUUUCAACCUUUUACAACUCGACCAGCAGCUCGUGUACAGGCCAGGGGAGCAAGUGGACCUGAAGCUGCAGGAUCCUGGUCGUGAACUCGUAUACAAGGGUGCUCUGAAUAAAAGAGGUGGUGGGCAAGGGGACAGCGGAGACCUGCUUGUAUACCUCUUUGACCACGCUCUACUAAUGGUGAAGCAGAAGAGCAAACACGAACAAUUCAAGGUCUAUCGACGACCGAUACCCCUCGAGCUCCUCUUCGUGCACGUCACAGAUGAAUCCAAUAACUCCAAUCGUCCUGCUAACGCUCGUCAGGGGCAUAAAACGCUCACGAAGAAACCCAGUUUCAACCGAGGUACACCGUAUGCGCCUGCCAUUCCAAUUAAAGUCGAUGGCAAAAGUGGAUUUGCCAUCACGUUCAUACAUCUAGGGCGCAAGUACUACCAGAUGACGCUUUGGGCAAGCACAUUUGUAAGCCACCGCAAAUGGGUCGAAACCAUCACGAAGCAACAGGAAUCUCUCCGUGAGCGGAGCACAGUGUUUGAGACAAUCACCUUGUGCGAGGGCUUCUUUCUCGGGCAGAAUAGGGUGAACUGCGCCGCGCCGUUUGCGUACGGAAGGAGAAUCGUGUAUGGGACAGAUGACGGAAUCUACCUGUCGGAUUUGAAUCAUCCAAACAGGGAACCAGUCAAAGUGCUGGCUCUACUGGAUGUUUCUCAAGUCGAUGUCCUGGAAGAGUUUCAAUUACUCAUAGUACUUUCUGAACGACAAGUCAUCACAUUCCCGCUAGACGCUCUCGACCCCAUGGACCCAAUGUCUGGCUUGAAGCGGGCGAAGAGGAUAUCGUCGCACACGACAUUCUUCAAGGCUGGCAUUUGCCUAGGAAAAGUCCUUGUUUGUAUCGUCAAAUCGAGUCCGCUGUCUAGUACGAUUAAGACAUUGGAACCAAUUGACCAGAACAUUCGCGGAAGGAGUAAACCGACGUUCCGUAAGAUUUUGCAAGGCGGGAAUGAUACGCUGAAGGCGUUCCGAGAAUUCUACAUUCCCGUGGAGUCGAGCUCGAUCCACUUCCUGAAAACGAAGCUCUGUGUAGGGUGCACGAAAGGCUUCGAGAUUGUCGACCUCGAGAGUCUUGAUACGCAGGGACUUCUCGAUCCAGCCGACACUUCCCUUGACUUUGUACGGAAAAGAGAAAACCUUCGGCCGAUGGCUAUCUACCGGGUGGAUAACGAGUUUCUGCUUUGUUAUGACGAAUUCGCAUUCUAUGUGAAUAAAAACGGUUGGCGGUCCCGACAAAAUUUCAUGGUGCACUGGGAGGGGUCGCCCACCGGUUUUGCCCUUCGUUUCCCAUAUGUUUUAGCGUUUGAACCUACGUUCGUGGAAAUCCGGCAUGUCGAGACGGGUCUCAUGUCGCAAGUCAUCCAGGGGAACAACCUCCGUCUUUUAUUCGCUGACAUGCCGUCGUCGGCAACGCAUUCAGGUAAUGCGCAGCAAAACCAAUACUACGGGCAGCAGAUGUAUAGUCAAUAUCAACAGCCGACUCCGUCACUUUAUGGGCAGUCGUCGGUAUACGGACAAGGAUACGGUUCACCUGCCCAUUCCCCCCAGUCUCAGCAUGCACGCCUCAUACCAUCGGGGCGCGACGAGAUCUUGAUGGUUUCUGACGACCGCGUGUUAACAUUGCGAAUGGCUGUGGGACAGCAUGUUAUUUGUGAUACGGUAUCGCUGGCGUCAUCGCGAUGACUGUAGGUAUUUUUGUUUUGCGUAUGUUGUGAUAUUCAGAUAUGUUAUACGAGUAACAUCUUUUGUGAUUUUGUCUGUUAAUUCGUGAUACUAGUACCCUCACCAUAGCAUAUAUUUCUAUUGCAUUUGUGUAGUUCAAACAAUGAGAUUGAUCAAUUGAUAUAUAA